AUGUCUAGAGAAGUAGUAAACCCUUUAUGCCCAAAAUACAUAGCGAAGCCCACAACAUUAUUUUUACCAACAGAAAGAGACUCUAUUAUUACUUUAUGUCAAGGAUUUUCUACAGAUAUGAAAUCUUCUUAUAUAAAUACUUCUUUUCCUUUGCUUAUCUCUAAUAGAAAGUCCAAUAAAUACAGAUCCCCAAAUUCCUCCCCCGUUAAUCUAGACUCUGAGAUUUCAAAUAUAACGACUUUUCCUGAUGCUUCUGCAAGUCCUAAAAUUACUAAAAAUUCACGAAAAAAUACCAAGAAAAACACCCAAAUAAAUCAAAACUUAAAGCUAGAAAUCCUUGAACUAAAGAAAAAUCUUGCAGAUAAAGAAAUAGAAAUUGAGAAGCUCAAGGUUGAAAAUAAAAGCCUGCUGCAAUUAAAAGUGGCUGCAGAAAUCAAAGCGACCGCAAUGUCAAUAAAUAUUUUAGACAUACCUUUUGAAAACAAAUCAGAAAAACUCAAAAAAAUUGAAGACCUGGAAUCAGAAAUUUUGAAAUUAAAUAGCGAUAUCAUUAAACUGAGAAUCACAAGUGAAGAUGCAAAAAAAGAAAAACAAAUCAAAAUGCCUGAAAAUUCUCAGGACAAUCCUUCAUUAGAGAAACAAAAAACGACAAUAAAUAAUGAGGAUUACUAUCAGCUGCUUAAACAGUUUCAGUUCCUUGAAGAAUAUCAAAAUUUAAUUACAAGCGAAAAUGCAGAGCUGAAAAAUCGAUUGGAGACCUAUGAAAAAUUAAGUGGGAAGCCAGACGAAGUGCUUGUCUAUUUUUCAAUUGAUAUAGAAAAAAUUAAAAAAGAUAUUUUUGACCUCCAUUCUGUGUUGAUGUCAAUAAAAACACGAAAAGAUGUAACUCAAAAUUUAUUGUUAAGAAAAGAUACAGAAAAACAGACAAAUAAUCCAGUUUUUAUGGUGACAGAGGAUAUACAUAAAAUCAAAGACGGGCUGAAAAAAAUAAGAAUUUUGGUUCUGCAACUGUAUGAAAAUUACUCAGACGAAGAACUGCUUAUAUAA